CCAGGCCGCACCUUCCUCCAGCUUCGCCGCCGCCCUGCGCAAGCUCGCCAAACAGGCGGAGGAGCCCAGAGGGUCUUCACUGAGCAGCGAGUCGUCCCCCGUCUCCUCUCCGGCCACCAAUCACAGCUCCCCAGCCAGCACGCCCAAGCGCGUGCCCAUGGGCCCCAUCAUCGUCCCCCCUGGGGGACACAGCGUCCCCAGCACGCCCCCCGUGGUGACCAUCGCCCCCACCAAGACCGUCAAUGGCGUCUGGAGGAGUGAGAGCCGCCAGGACGCCGGCUCCCGGGGCAGUGGCGGUGGCCGCGAGCGCCUCAUUGUGGAGCCCCCGCUGCCCCAGGAGAAGGCGGGGGGCCCGGCCAUCCCCUCCCACCUGCUCAGCACCCCCUACCCCUUUGGCAUCUCGCCUAGCUCCGUGGUGCAGGACUCCCGCUUCCCACCACUGAACCUGCAGCGGCCUGUGCACCACGUGGUGCCCCCCAGCACGGUGACCGAGGACUAUCUGAGGAGCUUCCGGCCCUACCACACGGCCGAGGACCUGCGCGUGUCCUCCCUGCCUCCGCUCGGCCUGGACCCAGCCACCGCUGCGGCCUACUACCACCCCAGCUACCUGGCCCCACACCCCUUCCCGCACCCGGCCUUCAGGAUGGACGACUCCUACUGCCUGUCAGCCCUGCGGUCCCCCUUCUACCCCAUCCCCGCCCCCGGCUCCCUGCCCCCACUGCACCCGUCGGCCAUGCACCUCCACCUCUCAGGGGUCCGCUACCCUCCUGAGCUCUCCCAUUCAUCCCUGGCAGCACUGCACUCGGAGCGGAUGUCCAGCCUCAGCGCUGAGAGGUUGCAGGUGGACGAGGAGCUGAGGCGGGAGAGGGAACGGGAGCGGGAGCGGGAGGCCGACCGUGAGCGCGAGAAGGAGCGGGAGCGCGAGCGUGAGAAGGAGCGCGAGCGUGAAAAGGAGCUGGAGCGUGAGAAGGAGCGUGAGCUGGAGCGCCAGCGGGAGCAGCGCGCCCGCGAGAAGGAGCUGCUGGCCGCCAAGGCGCUGGAGCCGGCCUUCCUGCCCGUGGCCGAGCUGCACGCACUGCGGAGCCACGCCGCCGAAGAGCGGGCCAAGCCCUCGGAGCAGCUCACCCCGACCCGUGCAGAAAAGCUGAAGGACGCGGGCCUGCAGGUGCCCAAGCCGGUGCAGCACCCCCUGCACCCGGCGGCCGCCCCGCCCCACGCGGCGCCCGGCCUCCUCGCCAGCCACGGGCUCUUCUCGCUGCCGGGCAGCAGCGCGGCCACAGCCCUGCUCCUGCAGCGCACCAACGAGGAGGAGAAGUGGCUGGCGCGGCAGCGGCGCCUGCGGCAGGAGAAGGAGGACCGCCAGUCGCAGGUGUCGGAGUUCCGGCAGCAGGUGCUGGAGCAGCAGCUGGACCUGGGCCGGCCGCCGGUGCCCGCGGACCCCGAACACCGGCCGGAGAGCGCCAGGCCGGGACCGACCCGCCAUGAACCAGGCAGCCGCGAGCCCCCCCAGCACUUCGGCGGGCCCCCGCCGCUCAUCUCACCCAAGCCCCAGCACCCCGCGGUGCCCACGGCCCUCUGGAACCCCGUGUCCCUGAUGGACAGCUCACUGGAGCCACGGCGCGCCCCCGAGGGCCACCCCCUGCACGGCCACCCUGCCCCGUUCGAGCCCAGCCGCCCGGCCGCUGUCCCGCUGGUGAAGGUGGAGAGGGUCUACUGCCCAGAGAAGGUGGAGGAGGGGCCCCGCAAGCGUGAGGCAGCCCCCCUGGACAAGUACCCGCCGCCGCCCCGGGAGCCGGGGUCCCUGGAGACGCAGGCCUUCCCCCCCGGACCCAGGCCCUUCCUGGCAGAGCUUGAGCCGGCCACCCCGACUGUCUUGGACCAGCCCCGGGCCUCGCUUGCCCCGCCGGCCACCUUCGGGGAGCCCCCCGGACCCCUGAAGCCAGGCUCGCCCUACCGGCCACCGCCGCCUCGGGGCCCCGACGCGGCCUACGUCUACGACGAGCUCCUGCAGCGGCGCCGGAGGCUGGUCAGCAAGCUGGACCUGGAGGAGCGGCGGCGGCGGGAGGCCCAGGAGAAAGGAUACUACUACGACCUGGACGACUCCUACGACGAGAGUGAUGAAGAGGAGGUCAGGGCCCACCUCCGCUGCGUGGCCGAGCAGCCGCCCCUCAAACUGGACACAUCCUCCGAGAAGCUAGAGUUUUUGCAACUUUUUGGCUUGACCACCCAACAGCAGAAGGAGGACUUGCUGACCCAGAAGCGGAGGAAGCGCCGGCGGAUGCUGAGAGAGCGCAGCCCGUCGCCCCCACUGGCGCGGAGCAAGCGGCGGACGCCCUCGCCCAGACUGGCGCUGUCCACCCGCUACAGCCCCGACGACAUGAACAGCAGCCCCAACUUCGAGGAGAAGAGAAAGUUCCUGACCAUCUUCAACCUGACCCACAUCAGCGCUGAGAAGAGGAAAGACAAGGAGAGGCUUGUUGAGCUGCUCCAGGCCAUGAAGCAGAAGGCGCUGUCCGCCGCGGUGGCAGACCCGCUCAGGAGCUCUCCGAGGGACAGUCCUGCCGUGUCCCUGAGCGAACCCGCCACGCAGCAAGCCUCCCUGGACACGGAGAAGCCCGUGGGCAUCGCCGCCUCCUUGUCUGACGUCCCGAAGGCCACGGAGCCUGGGAGGCUGGAACAGCUCCGGCCUCCGGAGCGCAUCCAGGAGCCAGCCCCCACCAGCGGUGAGAAGGCCAGGCCGAGUGAGGCCCCCGGGGGCAAGAAGAGCCUGAGCAUGCUCCACUACGUCCGGGGCCCCGUGCCCAAGGACAUCCCCGUGCCACUAUCGCACAGCAUCAAUGGAAAGAGCAAGCCAUGGGAGCCCUUUGUGGCGGAAGAGUUUGCGCACCAGUUCCACGAGUCCGUCCUGCAGUCUACCCAGAAGGCCCUGCAAAAGCACAAAGGAAGCGCAGCCGUGCUGUCGGCAGAGCAGAACCACAAGGUGGACGCAUCCGUCCACUACAACCUCCCCGAGUUGCAGUCCUCCAGCCGCCUGCCUCCGCCCCAGCACAAUGGGCAGCAGGAGCCCACCGCCAGCAGGAAGGGCCCCCUGGCGCAGGAGAUGGACCCCGACUCAGAGGAGGAGGACGACGGGGAGGACGAGGAGGAAGACCCCCCCAGGCGCAAGUGGCAGGGGAUUGAGGCCGUUUUGGAAGCUUACCAGGAACAUGUGGAAGAGCAAGAUCUGGAGCGGCAGGUGCUGCAGGCGCAGUGCAGGCGGCUGGAGGCGCAGCACUACAGCCUCAGCCUCACAGCUGAGCAGCUCUCCCACAGCAUGGCGGAGCUGAGGAGCCAGAAACAGAAGAUUGUUUCAGAACGGGAGCGACUCCAGGCGGAACUGGAUCACUUACGGAAGUGCCUUGCGUUGCCUGCAAUGCAUUGGCCUAGAGGUUACUACAAGGGUUACCCGAGGUGACGGUUUCCCUUGCACUAGGCCGAACCUAUAGUAUAGAAAUAUUAUCUAUUUUAUUACCUUGAAUAUUUAAUAUUUUUCACUGGGAGGUUUGACGCUUAAAAAAAAGAGAAUGUGCCAUGCAUGAAGCAAAGGAUUCCAGGCUCCAGAAAAAAAGAACGAACUCGCCUUGACUUCAAUGCAGUUGACUCACCUUUGUAAUUCAGCAAGCAACCCGUGUUAAGACACCCAUAGUUUUUUCCUUUUAAAGGCGGUUUUAUCCUUUCCCACGUCAUCAUUUUUUAGUCUCAAGAUGAAGGCUCCAUUCCCAACACUAAGAUUUGACCACUUCCAGCCCCCGGGUGCGUAAGGCGGAGCGGACUGCCGGGGCGCCGUGUUGUGUGUUGCCAGGUCCUUUGGCCUCAGGAACCCAGGCUGCUCUGGCCGUGGGGUGGCUGGUCUCGCUCCUCCCCAGGAUUGAGACCUGCCCCAGCAGAAGGAAGGUGGGGUGCAUUCUAAGUAAAGGGCUUAUUUGUUUCAGUUAUUUUUCCGCAAAAUUUUCCUCAAAGCAACAGGUCCUAGGAGCACACAAAGCAACAGUACUGAAGCCUCACCCGAAGGCUUUUCCCCGGAAAAGCUCUUACCUAAAGAUAGAAUGAAUCGACAAACUGAAGGUACCUUUUUAUUCCUUCGUGGGGGAAGAUGUACAGAGCUCUAUGUAUACAUUUAUCCACACCCACCCGAUUGUUACUGUGGUGGGGGUGUUUUCAUACAAACGUAAAUUUUGAGAGAAAAGUCAAAGGUGCUUCAGCCUUGUACUGUGUAUAUAUAUUAAAAAACAAAGUUUUGUAUGUUUUUAUUACUUUAAUUAUUGUUAUAAAAAGCCUGCCAUUUUUAAUACGUGGUUUGGGGGAUUUUUUUGUUGUUUGUUUUCCUGUUUGGGGGUUUUGUUUGUUUUUGUUUUGUUUUUCUGGGCAAAAAAAAAAAAACCUUGCUUUUAGUGUUUGUACUGCUGCUGGUCAGGACAUUAUUGAAGUGUUUUUAAAAAUUAAAGAAGAAGAAAAGUAAAAAGAGCUUACCACUGGCGCCUACGCGAGCACUUCAUUUUUGAGUUGCACCGGAGAGUGAUGUAGAAAGCCAUGGUUCCUCCUCCCCUCCCCGGGCCCUCCCCGGCUCCUCCCCCGGCCAGCGAGGCGCUCCUGGUCUCCACCUUCACACCGUGAGAACCUUUGAGGGGGGAGUGGUUUCUGUGACGGGGUGCUGAGGUGUCUUACAGCAGUCUGAGCAGGAGCAGAGUAGAAACUCUAGGGGCUUGAUUUAGAUGCAGAGCUUUGUAGCAGCCUAAAGGCAGGGUGAACCACAUGCGACAGAACCUCUCCUCGUGGACUCACUGUGAUGAGCUCAGGAGCUGCUGGAAACGGGGAUAAUCGUAUCAGGGCGAAGCGCAGGGCCGGGGGAGCCCACCCUCCUUGCCCCGGUUGCUGCCGGUUCAGGCUGGGUUGCAUCUAGAUCAAGAAGGCAGCUCUUGCCCCAUGGGCCUAAACCACAGGCCAAAGCAGCCAGUGGUUGGUGUGACUGGGUGGGGGGUGACGAGGGGACCCACACAUCAGGCCAUGUGCGCCCCUCCUCCCCAGCCUGGGGACAGGCUGGCUGACCUUCGGGAAGGCCAGGCGCUGUGACCAUGGCCACGCCCUCAGCCCAGACCUUAGCUGCGCAGAACAGCUUGCUGGCAGAUGGCAUUGUGUCACUUUAUCUGUUCCCACGCAGUUUGCUUUGUACGCCUGCCAAGAAUCUUCCAGUUAUUAGCAAACUCAGACAAAAAGUGCCGCCAGUAUUAUCAGCAGUCAGCAAGCACUUUCCUCUCUACAGAAAGGACUUGAGAAUUGAGAGCCGUUCUGGGGGCCUCCUCCCCUGCAGAGAUAUGGAGAGCACCAUGUGCCACAGGUGGGGACAGGUGUUUAGAGGGAGCCCCACUGCCAACAGUCAGGGCAAAACAUCCCUGAAUUUCUCUAUUUAAAACCUGCUUGCUGUUUCUGAAGGCCUAAGGGUUACAUCUUGGCACUUCCCCCAGUCAUCCUCCUCCAUCAUAGAAAAUAUCUGGCUGCCUCUGCUCCCGGGCGCUGGUAAAGGGCCUUGGCUAGAAGCAGAGGGAAGACUAGACCUGAUGACAAGAUGGGAAAAGCACAGCCCGGGCCCGUCAGCACCUGGCGGGGGCUCCCUUGCCGCUGUGUGGUGGCUGGGGUGGAGUUCGUGGACACCUGCCCAGGGGUGGCAGCUCUGCCCCGAGCUAGUUUUAACAGCUCUCCCCUUCGGAGUGGCACCCCCCACCUACCUGUGAGAAUCUCUGAAUAUUCUAGGGCUCAAGAAGAAAUGUGACAAUCAGAAUAUAAAUACAGACCAGUAAGGCAGCAUGAAGAAAGAAAAAGGUAACAGAGGGUCUUGUGAAAACAAAAGUGUACCUUUCUGAGACAGUAUACCCAAUCAUGGCCCCCCUCCCCCCCCCACUUAACAGUUUAUAAUCUGAAAACUCUUCUUCUAAAAGAACAUAGUAGCAUCAGUCUCUUUUCAGUUUGGGCUUAAAAGCUGAGACAAAUAUGGAAUCCCUGAAGCUUUUUGUUCAGCUAUUUCACACUGAGUUUGAAAGACAUAGUUCAGAAAUAUAGCAAAUUUGCUCUAGAACGGAUUCUGGAACUUUUGUGUCAGUAUUUUUGUGACCUGAAGAAGUUUUGCUAAACUUGGGUACCUGCCAAAGCUGAGUUGUGCAGCUCUGUGCAUUGAAUCAGAUCAGUGGAAACAAACCAGAGCUAUCCCCCCACGCUUGGCACUGCACGACCUGAUCAUUUGAAAAUGAGCCUUUGUUUCAUAGAAACAGGCAAACUGGCAUAAAAUAUCAUAAUCUAUUAUCUCACAUAAGUGACCAAUAGUUUAGUCUAUAUUCUAAAGGAAAUGCAACAAUUGGCAGCAUGCAAAGUGCUAAAAAAGAUUAUACCCUCAGGGAAAUUAAAAAAAUAUUAAAAGGAGCCCACACCUUCAGCAAACUAGCGAAUAAUAACAACAGGUAAACUAAGUCUGUGUGUGGGGUGGCGUUCCAUCGAGUAGCUCACGAUGCUGCCCCAUCUCCAAAUCUAAGUCACAUACCCCGUUUCCCUCUGAGCCAUGGUUUAAAAGUGUAGACAGUUCCAGAGACCCACCACCAGAUGGGGAUGGUUAGCACAGGAAGUUGCUCCUCUUACAGUGUAGAUUAGCCACUUAGCAGCAGCCCCGUACUCUUCUAGUAAACAAGCUAUUGGCGUCACUGCUUGCAGUAGCCUGUCCCCCACCUUCCGAUCCAGUGCUGAACUAGACUCCUUAACUCUGCCCUGAGCCGAGGAGGACCACCAGCCCGUCGAGCCGCCCUGCUGUGCCUGUGCUAACUGCUGGGACAGUCAACCAGGACUCGGGGGGAGGAGGAACGGUGCCUCGGUCACUCUGGGGGCAGUUUAGAUGCUGUGAAAUUAAACCUGUUCUAAGUGUACUUGUUUGAAUUAACUGUAUUGUAAUAUUAUUUGUUGAAUGUAGUAAUUAGGUAUUUAUGAAUAUAUUGCUGUAAUUUCUGACAACAUCCAGAAAAUAAAAUCUUCCUAAAUCA